AUGGCACAGACACCCCAACAACGACGUGCGAAUGAGCGGUUCGCAAAGCACGAGGCCGCCAAGCGAGGGAAAGGGCCUGUCAUCAACAAACCCAAACAAAUUACGAAGACCCCAAUUUCGUCUAGUUGGCUCAUCAUUCUGGCCUUUGUUGUCUGCGGUGGACUCAUCCUAGAGCUUCUCAAGGUUGUGCCCGAGCUCUGGUCGACUGUGGCCUCAACCAUCUCCCGUGUCACCGGUUAA